UUGACGUGUGGUUUGGUUUGUGAAGUUAUGCUGUUUCUUUGACAGUUCCUUCAAUUUUUAAUCCACAUGUCCCUAUAAUAUAAAAUCAUUUUCAGAUAUAAUUAAGUUUAUUUAGCAAAAAAUGGCUCCAGCUGCUCCUGCUUUUAGUUAUAUGCCGGCUGAGGACCCUCUCGGCAUAAGAGCAGUAUUAUUAGGACCUCCUGGCUCUGGAAAGGGUACACAAGCACCACGCCUCAAGGAAAAAUUCUGUGUAUGCCACUUGUCCACUGGAGAUAUGCUUCGAGCCGAGGUGGCGUCUGGCUCGGAGUUAGGUCGUCGCCUCAAGAAGGUUAUGGAUGAAGGCAAACUUGUCUCUGAUGAGAUGGUAGUGGACAUGAUAGACAAGAACUUGGACCAACCAGAGUGCAAAAAUGGAUUUCUGUUAGAUGGAUUUCCCAGGACAGUGCCACAGGCAGAAAAACUGGAUGACUUACUUGCUAAAAGAAAAACUGCACUGGAUGCUGUUAUUGAAUUUAAUAUUGAGGACAGUUUACUUGUCCGCAGAAUUACAGGCAGAUUGAUUCAUCCACCAAGUGGUCGUAGUUAUCAUGAAGAGUUCCACCCUCCUAAAAAACCCAUGACUGACGAUAUCACUGGAGAACCUUUGAUAAAGAGGUCUGAUGAUAAUGUUGAAGCUCUUAAGAAGCGCUUAGCUACAUAUCACAAGCAGACUGUGCCACUUGUUGACUACUACAUGAGAAAAGGCUUACAUUUUAGAGUUGAUGCUGCUAAAUCUGCUGAGGAAGUCUUUAGCAAAAUUGACAACAUUUUUAAAAGUCGUAUUUUCGCCAGAGGAAAAUCGUCCCUGUAAAUAUUAUAGCCACUAAGUAAAAGUGUUUGUACAAAUAAAACAUAUAUAUGUUUGGUUAAUGUCACAUAUUUUACCAUAUUUUUGGGAAAAACUGUAUUAGUUAAGUCUGUUUUAAAACAAUUUUUUUUUUCUAAAAAUAUAGCAAAUACAAACAGCA